CAAAAUGUAUGUUUGAUAAAUUUAUUGAUUCCACAUUUUUUAAUUAAAAAUUAACACACUAAAACAAAAUUUAAUUUUAAAUGUUAUCAAUCUAACUUUUAAAAUAAAUAGGGAAUACCUCCUUUUAUGAAAUUUAACUAUUAGAUAAAAUUUAGAUAAAAGCUUAUAUUACAAAAUAAGAAAUUUAUAAUGUAGCAACUUAUUACUAAGAUUUGAAUUUAUCAUAAUAGACUAGUGAAGAUAUGAACUUAGCAAAAAUACCUAUUUAAGGUUAAAUUUUUUUAAUAUUAAACAAUAUCAUUGAUUGGAGGAAGGUAUAAAUAAAUGCGCUAUUAGAAAUAAUAGAAUAAGGUGCUUAAGAUGAAUUUUAGUUCUUGAAUAGAUGUUUGAUAAAAAAAAUGACAGAAGACAUAGAUGAGCUUAUAUAAUAAGCAAUCAAUUUCAAAAGUGAAAAUAAAUUUAUCAAUUUGUAGAAGGAUAUUUUGCUCUUUUAUCUAUACAAUCAGAGUUAAUAGUAUGAAAUUUCUUUAAAAACUAUCUUGAGCAUAAUUUCUUAACUUGAAUAGAAUAAAAAGGAAAAUAAUUUUUUAUUUUACCUUUUUAAUUGCUACGUUAAUUCAAGUACAUUAUUGAGCUUGCAUGGUAAGAGAGACGAGGCAAUAGAAAACCUAAAGAAGUCUAAUUCUUUGCUUACAAAUAUUUUUUAAGGAGAAGAAUUAAGUCUGUAUAAAUAAAUUGUUAAUAUAAAUUUAGCUAAUAUUAAACAGGAUCUCUUUGAGUUUACAGAGGCUUAAGACAUAUUAAAUUAAUGUCUAAGAGAUAUGGCUGAAAUAUAAGAUAAAUUUCCAUAUAAAUCAUAACGUUUGAUUGCAUAAAUACACAACAAUUUGAGUACUAGCUAUUAAUAAGAAGGAGAUGAAAAACUUGAUAAGAGUUUAGAACAUUCACUUAUUUCUCUCUAAAUGAAUGAAGCUUACUUUGGUAAUUAAUAUAAUAGUGAAAUAGCAAAAAAUUUGAUGAAUAUUAGUAGCAUUUACAAGGACUUACAAAUGUUUGAUUAGGCUAUCAGCUAUUCCUUAAAAGCUGAGGAAAUAUUUUAAAAACUAAAUGAUAAAGAAAAUUUACCAAUAUGCUUAGGAAUGAUUGCUUCAAUUUACUAAGAUGAAGAUAUUGCUGAUUAUUAAAAAGCUCUCGAAUAUUCUUAAAAAUGUGUUGCCUCUUUAGAAAAAUAUGGAAAGAAAAAUACUAUUGAUUUUGCAAUAGCUUUGCACUCAUUAAGUAGAAUACUUCACUCGUUAGGGCAGUUUGAAGAGAGUUUAAAAAAGUGUAGCUAAGCUCUUCUUCUCUUUUAAGAAAUGAAUGAAGAACAAGGCUAAACUUAAAGUUUUGAAUUAAUCAGUAAGAUUUAUAAAUCAUUAAAUAACUUGGAUUUAGCUAUUGACAACCUGUAUGAUGCAAUCUAAAUAAGAUAAAAGUUAGAUAAAGAUAAUCCCACAGAAGAACUUUUGUUAGACUACCAAGAUAUAGCUUUAAUGUGGGAAGAAAAAGGAGAUACUCAAGAGUCUAACUACUAUAUCAGUAAAGCAAAAAAACUUGAAAAGUUGCUUAAAAUUUAAGAAAACUGAAUUUUUUAAUUCUAAAAUUGAAUUUUGUAAAUUAAAAAAAUAUUUUAUAAAUGUAAAUAGAGCAAAUUUAUCAAUGUUUGUUUAUUAUUUUCAGUGGUGAAAUUUCUCAUUUCAAUUAAUAAUUAUUAA